GUUUUAUGCCUAGAGGAUUCAUAAGAAGAUUCAAAACUUUUUGCUACAUGAUCCAUCUAUUUGGUUUCAUUUCACCUAGAAUUUGGUCAAAUUUGGUUAGUUGUUCAUAUUUCUCCCUCUUAUUGUGUGUGUGUUUGUGAGAGAGAUAGAUAGAUAAAUAGACAGAUAGAGAGAGAGCGAGAGAGAGAGAGAGAGAGAGAUUCAUAGAUGAUAUGAAUUGCAUCCUAAGACGCAAAUAAUUUUGUUGACCUGGGAUUCGAUUCAUGCCCAUAAUCGGAUGGCAACCUGCCAAUGGAACAUUUGGUAGUAUGAAACGUUGGGAUUAGCGACCACAAAAGUAUAAAUAGCCAUUGAAUAUGGAAAAUGCAACUUUGUAUACUAUUUGUUUGCCUUUGCUGGUUGCAUUAUAGAUAUUUGUUGUUUGUUUUGUUAAACAAGAUGGUUUCUCUGGCAGUUAACUUUUUCUUAAAAAAAACAAGAUGGUUUCUCAGUUACCUCUAUUGUUAAAUCCAUGUAAUUUUUUGCAGGUGGUAGAGAUGGGAUUUACGCUAGUAGUAUUGGCUCAUAUUUGGGACAAUUCUGUGCCGGAUGAAAAGACCAGUAUGUUAUGCCAAGUGUGGAGGUCUUGUUGUUCAACCAUUGCAUGCAUGUUUUCAGCUCUGCUUCAGGAAGCUUGGUUGCGUGCUGUACAGUUUAGUAUUUCACCCCCAUCAUGAUGCAUGGAGGACAUGUCCAUCUUCGAUGCCAUUAAAGAAGUUGUUCAUUUGCAUAGAGGGUGUAGAGUUGUCAGCCCCACCUGCACCUCCUAUUUCCAAGCGUUCAAUAAUCGAAGGCAUCGAUGCAUUUAUCAGCGAGGCUAUGGAAGGAUACCAUGCUGAAACAUGGAGAGCUUGCUUCUGUGCACAUGUUUUGCUCCAUUUGCCAAGGUUCUCAUUUGAAACUGAAGGAACUAAGCAGGCAUUAGCAAUUGUUUUUUGUAAAGCUUCAUUUUCACAUUCUCUUGACAUUAGAAGCAAGCCAGUGGCUUUGAGGAAACCCUUUUUGCUGGUUAUUGCUGCUCGUUAUAUAUAUUGCCCUGGUUAUAUAAAAAAGGUUUUGGAGAAGGAUGAGGAUGAAGGUCUCACUGGGUGGGUCUCACUGUGGAGUCAGGAGAAUCUAAACUUUUCUAUUUUCUUUUCAUUAAUGGACGUUCUUGUCCUAAAAAAUCUGAUCUCAUGUUGUAUUGUGUAGACAUGUGAAAUGGAUUGCUUGGGCAAUGUAGCGUUUGGCAUGUCAUUGUGGCAUGAACAAUCGUAGCCAUCAAUUUGAAUCAAACAGCUAAGAAGUGGGGUCACGUAUAACUUCUAUGUUGUUUGGGUCACACAUAAAACUUUCCCUAUCCAUUUUCACUUGGUUUGUUGAAUUAAUAGAAUAAAUCCUUUGUGUUAUUAUAAUAAACUUCAUUCGCGGGCAAUUAAAUCUUCCUUUGUUGAAAACUGACUUCCAUGUUACUAUGGUUUUCUUAGUUUUCUUAAUGAUAGCGAUAUCAUUAUUGUCUCAUUAUGCAUUUUCCUUUGAU